GUCCUCAAAGGGUCUCGUAGUGAUGAGAGAGGACACUUCGGAGUCCACGCGCGCUGAAGGGGAGCGGCGUGCGCAGAAACCCCGGAGUCGGAGGAGGCCCCGUGUGCUUUUUUCUCAAGCGCAGGUGCUGGAGCUCGAGAGGCGCUUCAAACAGCAGCGGUACCUGUCCGCUCCGGAGCGAGAGGCCCUCGCGGCUACACUGCGGCUCACGUCCAACCAGGUCAAGAUCUGGUUCCAAAACCGGCGCUACAAGUGCAAGAGGCAGCGACAGGACCGAACCCUAGAGCACGCGCCCCCUCCACCUCGUCGCGUGGCAGUGCCAGUGCUCGUGCGCGACGGGAAACCGUGCAUCGGAGGUGCACAAAGUUAUUCGGGCCCCGGGUACGCGCCCGGAUACAGCUACAGCGGCUACGGCGCAUACUCGUACAGUGCGCCCGCGUGCACGAGCAAUUACAGUUGUACGUACAGUGGACUGCACACGCUGCCGUCAAACAACGGCUCCUUCACGAGCGCCAACCUGGGAUCCACGCAGGCGCAGACGCAGGUCCCAUGGGCGCGUGCCAGGGCAUUCGUGCGUGGUAACAAACCACGUGACCACUAAACUGGAUCUACCUGGACCUCUGGGUCUGCUGUCGCUUCACGUGGGACCAAAGCCUCGGUUCAGUCUAGACUCAGGACUCUGUGGAGUCUAGAACCUGAAUUGCUUUAACUUGAUUAUUAUUAUUUUUUUUAAUAAAAGUUUCCAAAUAAAUGCGCACAGAUCAGAGCCUCCCGCUGCGUCUUCUUCAGCCGCGCGCUUUGGUCCAGUUUUAUUUGGCUUUAAAUGAUUCAAAUGUAUUAAUGAGUGUUAAUGGAGUUAUUAGCCUAUGUGUUACGUUAUUCAGCUUAACAAUUUGACCAUGCCUUUACAAUGUAUUGAU